AUGGAAAAGUCGCUGAGGAAGGUAAUUUUUGAAGAAUAUAUGAACUACAUUAAGGUCGAGUCUUGUAGGCCGAAGCUGAGUUCUUCAGGGCCUUUUUUCUCACUGAACCGGUACGAUCUGUCUGGAGAGAAGGUUAGAGUAUUUUCUAUAGAGCUUACGGGGGUUGAGUUCUAUGUAAUCGAUGGUUAUAUUCUGCUAUAUCAAGGCAACAUGGUUGGAAUCUAUAGAUAUGACAAGAGGUUCAAAUGCACAAAAAUAAGGAGUAUAAACCUGCAUCUCUUAUUGUUCCUACUGAGGAAGAAGGCUAUGAGCCGGAGAUGCAGAUUUCUAUUCUACAAUAUAUUGUUACAUCUCGUAAAGAAUAAUGAGAAGAAAUACGACAUGAAGUUAAGGGAGAUAAUGUGCUAUCUGUGUGCUGACUGGAUGACUGAUGUGAAGUUGGGAGAUGGUGUUGUUUCAUGCACAUAUAGGAAUGGAGAGUCGAGGGUUUAUAAUGGCAGGCUGCAGCUUAUUAAAAGUAGUCCUUCGUGGAGGAAAGACAAAAGUACCAUGGAGUGUGGAGAUCAGAAGGUCAGAGUGAUGAAAAACUGUGUUGAAGUGACUCGUAACGACUGGCAGCUCAAGAGCAUGUUUCCUGUAGGAGAAAUUCGCCAGUACAUUGCACUUAGGAGUAAUUUGUUCCUACUUACAGAAGAUUCCAUAAAGGUUUUGAGCUUUGAGGAGUAG